UGUGUGUUCUAUUAGGAAUUCAUUCUUACCACCUUUUAUACUUACUCUGAGAUAAUAUCAGUAACUGCUUUACAUCCUCAAGAAUGGUCUUCACUAAGACUCCUGCACAAUCAUAUAAUACUUGGAGCUGUGAAGCAGAUUGCUAGAAUACUAGUUGAAGAGUAUCUUGAUGAUAUAGAGGGAACUUCAACUGUAUUCUUCAACUGCAAUCUCUGGGAGAGGUUCUUUAAUUUGUGCGUUGAUUUCUGCUGUCAGCCGUCGCUCCAGCUUGAGAAGAUGACAGAGCUUAAGAGAAAGCGAAUUCUUGACCUUUAUGGAGACAUGAGGCUAACAAUGAACACACUGAUGCUUGAUAAGUGGAGGAUGUUAGGUAAUUUCCAAGCCAAUUUUGUCCCUGGAAUGGUUGGUCCUUUCCUUAAAGUCAGUUUACUACCUCAUGAAGGCCUGAGGAAGGCAACCAUACCAGUUUUCUUUGACAUGAUGGAACACGAAUGGAAGUACAACAAGAACUUUCACAGAAUGGAGAUUGAGAUGAUUGAUAAGUUGGAUGUGUAUGUCAGUAAUGGAAUGGGUGAUCCAAAUAUACAAUCAUGUGCUGUUGAGCCAUUGCCUGAUCCUAACAUUAUGAAGAAAUUUGAGGGAAAACAAGUCAAAGAAGAGAUCACUAGAUAUUGCCGCACUAAUAAUGUCAAACACUUCCUGUUGAAGAGGCCCUUCCAUCAAGGAAAGAAAGACAAGUCUAAUGAGUACAAGACACUUCAUAUUGAGAGAACAGUGUACACUACAGAGUAUCAGUUCCCUGGUAUACUGAGGUGGUUUCCAGUAGUUGACUCUGAAGUA